CACUCAUAAUGAGCAAAAACAAAAAAAACAAAAAAAAAAAAAAACGGCGGAACGGAUAAUGAUGUUCCGCGUUUCUGACGGUAACAUUAAGCAGACGGACCUGGUGUUUCACUAUCGGUCGAUAAUGCGUUGUCAAUGUUGUCGUUAAAAUGUUUGUCCAAAACAACUGUAUCCACAGCAUGCAGUUCUAUGAGAAGUGGACGCCUCAGCACUGUCCAUGUCUCCGGCGAGCCGAACCGAAUCCGGCGAGGACUUCACACCGGGCUCUGCAUUAAAGACGACACACACUGCAGACCUGAGAGGAGAGUGUGUGAGUCAGUGCUGGAGCAUUUUAACACCCAGUACACAGAGGAGCUGGGACAAGUCUGGCUUUCUGCAAGAGAGGUCCUGCUGAAUCCUCACUGUUGGCAGUAUGGCGUCCUACUGAAUCGCUUCAGCGAGCAUCUGGAUAUCAAGGCAGUCUUAAAAUCGCUCGGAUACCACAGCCUUCUCUCUCAACCAGAUUCUCCUAAAGCCCGGGCUUUUCAGUGUCUAAUCCAUAAAGAUGCCGUGCGUCUGCCCACACAGAGACAUCGGGAGGGCUGGCUGAAGCAGUACUACCUGCUGAACGCUGCGUCCCUGCUGCCUGUGCUGGCUCUGUCCGUGAGGGACGGAGAGAGCGUGUUGGAUCUGUGCUCCGCUCCGGGAGGGAAAGCCCUGGCCAUACUGCAAAUGGCAAACCCGGGGCUGCUGCAUUGUAAUGAAGUGGAUAAAAGCAGGUACGAGUGGCUGGUGAAGACUCUCGAGUCGUACGUCCCCCGUGCACUCAGAGACACCCUCGCUGUGACCAAUGAGGACGGCAGGGACAUCGCGAGCAAGAAGCCAGAGAUGUUCGACAAGGUGCUAGUAGAUGCCCCAUGCUCCAACGAUCGCAGUUGGCUGUUUAGCGGCGGAGCCCAGCAGGGGGCGCUGUGGCUGAGAGAGCGAGAUAAACUACCUCAGCUGCAAAAGGAGCUUCUCUGUUCGGCCUUGGCAGCGGUGCGUCCCGGAGGAUUCGUGGUUUACUCCACCUGCACCUUUUCCCGUGCUGAGAACCAGUCAGUCGUGGAGGCACUUCUUUCCACCUCCCAGGGGGUGGAGCUUGUGGAGCUGGAGGAGGAUCUGAUUGGCUCUCUCUCUGGUCAUUUUAAAUUCGCCCACCUCCAACCUCCUCUGGGUCAUUUGGUGGUGCCGGAACAGGGACGAACGUGGGGACCCAUGUAUGUGUGCAGAUUGAGGAGAAGCUCCUGAACAGCCACGUUCUCACAGCGUGCACCGGACUUUCAUGUUUAUCUACCUCCGUUAAAGAACGUUAGACCACAGCGCUGUUGAAUUCUCGAAUCUGAUUGGUCAGAAAGUGUGGAUUGGGAUUGUAUAACAGCAGCUCCGGCAGUGAUGCCGGCCGUAAUGUUUAUUUAACGUUUUAUGGAAGGAGUGAGCGUCAGUGCUUUGUAACAGUCAGGUUAAAGCUUUAAAUACUAGUCUCUAACUGUAAAUGGAUAAAAAAAAUGUGAUUAUCUUGCUAUAAUAGCAUUCGGCAAAGGGUUUUAUUCCUUACCUGGUGCCAGUUUGUUUAAACAUGUGGUUCUAUUUAUUAUAUUUAAGUUGAAGUGAUCAGGCAUGGACUGAAUAAAAAUCUUUAGUACCUUGAGAAUACGAUGUUUAAAUGAGAUUUUUGAACUUUAAAGUGGAUUUUCUGAUUUUAUUUUUUCUUUAAACGACUGUAUCAUUACAUUUGUAUCAUUGUUGAGGCCAUAUCGGCCAUGUUUUAGUAGAUUUUUCAUCUCUUCAUGUGUUUUUAGCUCCACAUGUCAGGGUACGCAUGGCAUUAUGAUGGCUUCUAAAAAAAAACAAAAAAAACCUGUAAUAAAUAAAUAAAUAAAUAAAACAGCAAUGGCUUUGAAAUAUCUAUUCUUUGGUAACUAACCGGUAAAUAAGUUCACUUAAGGUUCGGUAAUAAACUAUUUAUAAGCAGUGUAGUUUGU